AUGAGUCAUGGAUCUGUUGCUACGAAAAGUGGUAAUGGUCAUGGUACUUCUUACCCCAGAAGGUUAGAGGGCAAGGUUGCAAUCAUAACCGGUGGCGUGGGUGGGAUUGGGGCAAGCACAGUGGAACUAUUUGUGGAAAAUGGAGCAAAAGUCAUUAUUACUGACAUUCAAGAUCACCUUGGCCUAGCCAUGUCUGAUAAGCUUGGAGAUAAUGUUACUUAUAUCCAUUGCAAUGUCUCCAAUGAAGAUGAAAUCAUUAACCUCAUUGACACCACCAUUUUGAAAUAUGGAAAGCAAGAUAUAAUGUACAACAAUGCUGGCAUAAUAGGUAACAAAUCCAGAAGCAUCUUAGAUGCUGAUAACUCUGAUUUGGAAUGA